AUGGACCAUCUUACUAGGGAGAAAGAUGAAAGGCGAACCGGAAAAGGAAAUCCAGCAAGAAGUUCACACAGUUCCCGAGCAUCAAGUUCCACUUCAGCCUCUGGUGUUCUUAUGGUUGGGCCCAAUUUCAGAGUUGGCAAGAAGAUAGGCAGUGGAAAUUUCGGAGAGCUCAGGCUAGGUAAGAGCAUAUAACUUUCACAGGUUGUAAACAGGGCUACACUAUUUAGUUAAAAUCUUUUGAUCAGCUAAAAAGGUGUCCCUAAUUGUGCAAUUAAUGUACAGUACAUGUCAAAACUUCAGAUAGCAGGUGUCACCUUAGGAAAGGCAUUUCCCUGUCUCCUGUGUAAGGGGGAUGCCCUUUCUAAGGCAGUUUUUGCUGCAGUAUAUACAUACCUCAUCCAAAACGUAUGUUUUUCAUAUUGUUUCAUAUGAAACUUAUAAUUAACACUUCUUUACUUGGGUGACAUCUUUCUUUCCCCCCCCCUUUUUUCUGCUCAGGAAUUUUUAAUAUGCUAUUUUUUACUAUACAUAACUUGGUUUAGCUAAAUAAUUUCCAUAUAUACAGAAAAUGAUGAAGCUUAUGUAAAUUUAUAAACAAUGCUUAAUGCAGUUCUUUGUUGAGCGGCUGUUUUUCAGAAUUCUACAGUAUAUAAUUUUCUGUUCCAUAAUACUGCUAAAUGAAAUUUUCCCAUAUAAACAAGCAGUUAUUUUGCUUUUAUUUUUUAGAGCAGAUAAAAUAAUUAAAGCCCAGUAUAAUACCCACCAGUUUGUACUGGUUUAACUGGUUGCUGCAGAAUGCUGUUUCUUAAAAUGAGAUGAUGAUAUCCAUUAUUUCCUAUGGGAACAUUUCCUGAACAUUUCCAUUUCCUGCUACCUCCCUCCACUCUGCCUGAAACUGCAGCAGCCAAUCAGCUAAAGGCAAACAAAGGAAAAACUGAUUUGUCUGAUCUCUCUCCCUCCCCCUCCCCCACAUGGUUUCUGCCUAAAAUUGCUUCCUCCAACCAGCAAAACACAAACAAGUAAGAAGGUAGGCAAACUCCAGUUGUUCGGAUAUCUGAGCCAGCCUUAUGUAGUGAAGUUUGCGUAUAAUUCUUUGUGUUCAGAUAACUGAGAUUUCACAUAACAAGUGUUUUGAUAGCGGGAUCCGUGUGUACAAUAUUAUUCCUAAACUUUCUUGCUUCUGGGUAAAACCACCAGCUAAGGACAAAGUCAGCCUUCCCCUGUCCACACCAACAGCACCUGCUACUCACCAUAUAAAACAUCUUAGGUAGCUAUAAUGCAUGCAGAUACUAUUUCAUCCACAAUUCUCUGAAAUUCUCAAUGCUAAUGAGGCAGUUUGUCCAGCCAUAAUCCCAUACAUUCUCUGUUUUCUCACACAUAAAAGAAAUGCUAAGGUUUCUGCUAUGACACAUGUGCAUCAUCUAAAAAUAAAUGAAUUGUGCUUCUUCUGAUAUACUUUUACCCAUAUGCAAAUCUAAUCAAUAACUUGUUUGAUUUGCACAUCUAAUCAGUGGUUUGCUUGUUCAGUCAACUUAAAUCUUAUAUUCUGAAUUCAAGACACAUGCCUAUAUUUUCCUCCUCUGUCCAGGACCCUUAAUUUUUCUCCUGCCCCAAACACCAAAGGGCAGGUAGGCAGCUCCUAAUUUUGACUGUUGCUUCCUCGUAACAUGAAUGCUCUUUCUUCACCUUUCUCCCCUCGCCCCAAAGAGGUUGGACUUUGUGUUUACUCUGUAGCUGAUACACUACUUGGGAAAGACUUUACAGCAAGUUUUAGUUGGGGAGUAAAAUAAACCUCACUAGGGUUUCAUUUAUCGUGAUUUUAUUUGAGCCUCAAAAGAAUGAGGAAUUUUAUUUAAACUCAAAUUUCAGUUAUGCUUCUGAAGAAAAGUAUAAGCAUGAGGUAGUUCAUAUAAAAGUUGGAUAUAAAUUAUAUUUUAAUUGACUGUCAUGCAUACACUUUAAACUAGCAAUAGUAUAUAAAUGAAGUAGGCAAUCUAGCUGACAGUUUCAAGACCUUUGUGCUUAUGUGAAACUUGGGUUUGUUUAAGUUUGUUUAGGCUCAGUUUUCUUUAAAAAAACAUUUUUGUUUGGUUCCCUCCCCCCCUACAUAGGGACAUUCUUGGCCAUACUUUUCUCUGAAUAGUUUUGUAUUAUUAAAUGUAUAUAAAAGAAACAUUAAAACAUUGAAGAAUUUAUGUUCUAAAACAAUGGGUGAUAAAGAAUAGGUGAAUUGCACAUUAGCCCCUCUAAUAUUGUAUAUAAUUAUUUUUGGCACAUAAACAACAUACUCAUAAUAACAUACAGUCACAUCUUGGUUUUUGAACAGCUUAGUUCCCAAAUGUUUUGGCUCCCAAACAUCACAAAUCCAGAAGCGAGUGUCCCAGUCUGUGAACUAUUUUUGGAAGCCAAAUGUCCAACGGGGCUUCUGUGACUUCUGAUUGGCUGCAGGAGCUUCCUGCAGCCAAUCAGAAGCCGCAAUUUGGUUUUCAAACAUUUUGGAAGUUGAACGGACUUCUGGAACGGAUUCCAUUUGACUUCCAAAAUAUGACUGUAGUCAGAUUUAAUUGAUUCAGUUAUACAGCAGACUAGAUGUUUUGAACUACAACUGCCAUCAGUGCCAGCCAGCACAGCCGUAUUGACUGGGGCUGAUGGUACUUGUAGCCCUAAUAUCUGGAGAGACCAGGUUGGUGAAGACUGGAGUAAACCUCUUUUCAUUCUGGAAACCUGAAAAACUAGCAAUACUGACUUACCUGUCACCAUUGUGAUGUUUAUUGUGUCUCUGUUUCCAUUGCAGGCAAAAAUCUUUAUACAAAUGAAUACGUAGCAAUCAAACUGGUGAGUAGAUGUACAAUUUUUAAACAUUUCUGAAAUUCUGAGUGUUAAGCAAACUAGGAGUUUAGAUUAUUCUCCCGUUGAUCUAGACUAUGCUUUCCUGGACAUCUCUGUAAACUGUUGUCUUUUAAAUUCUUGGUAGAACACUUCCCUGUUGUAAACACAUUCAUGAAAUGCUUCCAUAAAGAGAUUUGGAAAGCUGUUUUGUUAUUAACCUGCCAUGUAUCUUAAUAAUAUUUUUUAGUGAAUGGUCACUUCUUUCUAACUUAUUUAUUUGUUUAACUUAUAUCCUUCCCUUCAUCCGCAGAUUUUAAGGCAGGUAACAUACAUACAUACAUAUAUGAAAUAUCAUGUAUGUAAUUCAGAUUAAUGACCCAAAUUAAGUUCUUUGACAGAUGCUUAAUAUUAGGCUCCUUCCUAUCUGACAUUGUGACCAUGUAGCUGCUUAUCUUCAGUUUUUGCCUACAUUGAAGUUGGCCUCUCAUGAAUUCACACCUGAUAUUUUGUGUUGGAAAUUCAAAGGGCAAGGAUUUAAUAGCAGUUCUUCAAAGCCAGUCAAAUUAAAUCCUAGUCCUAGGUGGUUUUCCAAGUUUGAGAGAUGCUAAGGCUGCCAUAGAGUUCCAUUUAAUUUGACUAUUUUUUCAUUCUGUUUUUGUAGGAGCCAUUAAAAUCUCGUGCCCCACAGCUGCAUUUAGAGUAUAGGUUUUAUAAACACAUUGGCUGCACAGGUAAGUAAUCUCAUCGCUAGAAAUGAUAAUAAAAGGAGAGUAUUUAACUUGUAGUUGAUGUACCAUAUUUUUCGCUCUAUAAGACGCACCAGACCAUAAGACACACCUAGUUUUUGAAGAAGGAAAACAAGAAAAAAAAAUAUUCUGAAUCCCAGAAGCCAGAACAGCAAGAGGGAUUGCUGCGCAGCAAAAGCAGUGAUCCCUCUUGCUGUUCUGGGUUCUGGGAUAGCUGCACAGCCUGUAUUCGCUCCAUAAGACGCACAAACAUUUCCCCUUACUUUUUAGGAGGGAAAAAGUGAGUCUUAUAGAGCAAAAAAUAUGGUAUUUGAAACCCCAUUAAUAUCAUUCCUGGAGACCACUGUUUGUCCUUGGCUGAUCUGACAAUUGCAAUUUUGAUGCACUACCACAGUCCUCAAGAUUUGUUUACCUUUGUAUCCCAAGCAUAAAGGGAACUCUUUUUUUCUGUUAGUAGGUAACUUUGAGAAAAUAUAUGUAGAAGGCACGUAUAAUAGAUCUGACUUAAGGGUUGUAGCUGGUAUACUGGAAAACAGAUGUGAUUGCCAUAACACAUGUGUGAUACACGAUACACCCAGAACAGUCCUGCUGGAUCAGAACAUCUCUAGUCCCAACACCUGGUUUCCAAAUGUGGUCAACCAGAUGGCUUCCUAGAAGCAGGAUAUUAUACUGCCUCUGAUCCUGGAGGGUAGCAUAGAGCCACUAUGACUAGUAGCCAUCGAUAGUGCUAUGCUUCAUGAGUUUGCCCAGCCCUCUUUUUAAAGCCAUCUAAGCCAAUGGACGCCACUUCAUCUUGCUGCAUAAAUUCCUUUGUUUGACCAGGCAUGCUCUUUGAAGACAUAAGAUGUCUGUUAUGUAGGGUAGGGUAGGCAUCAAAAUAAAGAAAAUGCUACUUGAUCUUCACAGCCCAGCCAAAGAACAGAGCAGUAGAUACUAAAUUUACGUGUGGCAUUGACUUCCAGGACUGGAAACCUAUUGUCUGGAAGCUUUGCUUGGGGAUAGUAUUUUAUGGCUGAGAAUUGGUCCAUGAAACAGAACUUGGGUCGCUUUGAAAUGGGCUAGAUAAAUUCUUGGAGGAUAAAGUAUCAGCCAACCGCUGUUAACCAUGACUAUGUUCUACCUCCAGGAUUAGAGAGAGCUUGUCUCUGAAUACCAGUCACUGAGAAACAACAGUGAGCAAGUACCGUAUUUUUCGCUCUAUAGGACGCACUUUUUCCCCUCCAAAAAUUAAGGGGAAAUGUGUGUGCGUCCUAUAGAGCAAAUGCAGGCUGCGCGGCUAAGCCCAAAGCCAGAACAGGGAGACGGAGUGCUGCGGAGCGCUCCGUCUCACUCUUCUAGCUUGGGGAUGGCUGCACGCAAAGCCUCUGCAGGGCAGCGAGGUGCCUUCACCCCGCUGCCCCGCAGAGGCUAGAAAGGCUGUCCCGGAAGCCAGAACAGUGAGACGGUCUCGCUGUUCUAGCUUGGGGAUGGUAGCCGCCUGAAGCCUCCAGAGCGCAGCGGGAACUCCCGCUGCGCUCCGGAGGCUUUGAGUGAAUGCACCUUGAACGCACCUUGUUUUAGAGGGGGAGAACAAGAAAAAAAAUUUCCCCCCCUGUUCUCCCCCUCCUAUGGUGCAGUGCGUCCUAUGGGCCGGUGCAUCCUAUAGAGCGAAAAAUACAGUACUAUUGUCCUCAUGUCCUGAGGACAUGUGGGCUUCCAGCAGGCAUCUGAUAAACCACUGUGGGAUACAGGAUGCUGGAAUAGUUGGGCUUUGGUCUGAUCCAGCGUGACUCUUUUGUUCUUGUAACAGAGAUACAGUUGUACCUUGGUUCUGUAAUACCCCAGAACUCUUAUGUUUCGGCUCCGAAAUGAACCGGGAGUAUUCUGGUUUUCAAAUGUUUUUCAGAAGCCGAACAUCCAAUGUGGCUUCCACGGCUUCUGAUUGAAAACGUCUUGGUUUUCAAACAGUUCUGGAAGUCGAACGGAUUCCUGGAACGCAUUCUGUUCGAGAACCAAGAUAUGACUGUACUAGUUAGGAUCAGUCAGUUCUGUAUGCCCAAGGGAGCUUUAAACUUUUGAUGUCUCAGAUAGCAUCUUCCCAUGCUCUGUGAGCCAUUUCUGAAAGUGAAAUUUGUGGGGGAGUUUGAAAAGCAGUUUUGUGAUGUCAUAUGGUUUGCUUAAAUAAAAAAGGGUAAAAUAUCCUGGUCAGCAUGAAGAAACCGUUGCACCCAUCCAAGUAGCUCUUAGAUACCAGCUGUAAAGUUUGAUGGAUUGUGAUUAUUACUGUCCUACUGCACACCAGCUCUACAAAAAAGCAACACACAACCACCACCACUUCUUCACAAAUUAAUUGAAAGGGUUUCAUGUGGUGUGGUGGGGAGAACAAUUGAUAGAUAAAUUUCAGAACCAUUUUUGUGACAGAAUUUGACUGGCAUAAGUAAAAUCUGUUGGCUUUGGUAGUUUUCAUACAAUAGUAAUGAUGCUACUGCAACCAUCUGGAUGUAUUCCAAAAGUAUGUUUUGUAUACUUUCAGUUGAAGGCUUCCCCCAGGUGUUUUACUAUGGGCCGUGUGGAAAGUACAAUGCCAUGGUACUUGAGCUCCUUGGUCCAAGUUUGGAGGACUUAUUUGACCUUUGUGAUAGAACAUUCACUCUGAAGACAGUCUUAAUGAUAGCAAUCCAGCUGGUGAGUAAAAGAAUAGUUUGUGCUGAUUUCGCAGUCUUUGGCUUACAAUUUUACAUGAUUUCCUAAUAUUAACAAAUGGUUCAGGAAACUACAUAUUAACCCUUACAUGGGGAGUAGCCAACAGAGUGUCUCCAGAUGUUGUUGGAUUAUAGCUCCCAUCAUCUUUGACCAUUGGCUGUGCUGACUUGGGCUGAUGGGAACAGGCUUCCCUUGCACUAUGCUAACUUUCAGUUUUCAAGAAAAGUAAGUGUUUGUGUGUGAUUUAUUUGUUUAGUUCCCUGGGUUUUUUUCUUGCUUCUUAGUUUUACUUAGUUGAGUUAAUCUUCAGUAACUCAGUAAGUAUAAAUGGUUUGUUUACUAUGCUUUGUUCACUUUAGACAGCAAGAUUUGAACAUAUCAAGAACAUAUCAAGAACUGAAUGGAAUGAUUUAUGUUCUUGUUGAUGUUUAGAAAGGAUUAUUGAUUGCAUAUGUCGUGCUAGUGAACCUGUGGCCCUUCAGAUAUCAUUGGUCUCCAGAUUCCAUCAACCCCAGCCAGCAUAUCUGGUGGUUGUGAAAAAUAUCAGUGGUUUACAACAGUAUAUACAAAAAGACCAUUUAAAAUAUAAAAAUUAGAAAUCAGCUAUGUAUUAUGGAAAGAUAUAUUCAUAAUCGUCUAUUUCAGCUUGACAGAAUAGAAAAGUUUUCAACAGGUGUUCAAAAGGUGAAAUGAAAGGUGCCUGCUGAAUCUGUUGGCAGAGUAUUCCACAAGACUGGGCUGGUGAUAGUUACUAAAGCAGGGGUCAGCAAACUUUUUCUGUAGGGGGCUGGUCCACUGUCCCUCAGACUUUGUGGAGAGCUGGACUAUAUAUCCACACUGCAAGGGGGGUCAGUAGUCCUCCUCCCCGCCCCAGCCCCAGCCACCUCGGUUUGCCGCCUGCCUCAUUCGCUGAAGGGCUGGCAGCAGUGGUGCGAAACGGGCUUCCUCCCCGCCCAGAGAAAGAAGGCUCUGCGCUUACCUUCCCAGAGGGGGCUGCCACCGCCACCACCGCCGUUGCCGCUGCGUCUGCUUCUUGUGAAGUGGGUAGGCAGAGUGAGCUUGUCCUCACCACUCUCUGGCCCACAGGAGCACCAGGGCGGCAACGGGAGGAAGAAGCCAGGCGGCGGCGGCUCUGCCAAUCAAACACUGUGCCUGGUUUACCUCAGUGCGGCGCAGGGACGUCUCUGCCAGUCAAAUGCCGCUGAGGUAAACCAGGUGCGGCGUUUGAUUGGCAGAGAUGUCGCUGCAUUGAGGUAAACCAAGCACAGUGUUUGAUUGGCAGAGCCGCCACCGCUCGGCCUCUUCUUCCCGUCACCAUCGCUGGGAGUCUUGGCUUUGCAGUGGGUUCUGGCUUUGCAGUGUGGGCCGGAUUUAGGACCCAGGUGGACCUGAUCCGGCCCAGGGGCCGUAGUUUGCCAAACCCUGUAUUAAAGGCUUGGUUUCUUAUUGCAGUCAAAUGAGCCUCACAAACUUGGGGAUUGACCAACAACUCCUCUUCAUGUGUCAGUGAUCAAGCUGGGAUGUAAGGGAUCAGGCAGUCCCAAAGAUACCCUGGAAUUAAAUAGUUAAGAGCUUUGUAAACUAAAACACGGGCCUUUAGCCUGGCUCAGUAGUAAUGGGCAGCCAGUGUAGAGGUUUUAGUAAUGGUAUCACAUGUCAGGUGCUUAUCUGCAGUCCUACUGCCACAUUCUGCACCAGUUGGAGUUUCUGAGCCAGGCCAAAGGGAGCUCCACAUAAGAGUGCAUUGCAGUAUUCCAGCCUUGAGGUUACAACCGCAUGGACUACAGUUAUAUUACCAGGCCUGGUGGCAGACAAGGAAAUGAAAGUUAGCUGGUCCUGUAUGUAAGGUUUGGUUCCCAAAAUACAGUUUGGGCACUUUCAAAUGGUGGAACGUGUCAAGCUGGUCAGAUUGAUUACAAGUGCAUCAUGUUAAAUGUGUACGAGUUGAAGAGUAGGUUGCACUAGAUAACUUCUAGUAUUCAAGAGUCUGAUGAUGAUGGAAAGCAGAACAUGGAUUAGAGAAGUGGCAUUCAAACUUGUAUGGAACUCUGGGAUUUCUUGAAGCUUAUAAGAGGUGUUAUCAGUCAGAUGAGUAAUGAUGAACAAGGCUCCUAGAAGUUGGCUUGCUACCAAUUGCUGUCAAGCUUCCUAUUCCUUGGGAUGUUGAGGAUGUUCUGCCUGUCUGUUCAUGUGGGGCAACAAUGACAACCGGCGUGCUCAGAGCCAUUCAUGAACUGAUUCUCUUAUGUAGAUCAUACUUCAGAAUCUUCUGGAACACCUUGAGGGUUCCUUGGCAGAUGGUUUUCUUCUAUAAAAAACACUGCAUUAUUUCUUUUCUAUUAAGGUAUUUUAACAUCUGGGAAUGAUGUUAACUUACACUUUAAUGUACACUAGCUCUUGAAUAAUUGACACACUCUUGACAGUUUUGUAAUUAAAGGCAUUUUAAUACUGUCUGGUCUUACAGAUCUCUCGAAUGGAAUUUGUGCACUCAAAGAAUCUCAUUUAUCGAGAUGUCAAGCCAGAAAACUUCCUUAUUGGACGACAAGGAAAUAAGAAAGAACACAUCAUCCACAUAAUAGACUUUGGACUGGCCAAGGAGUACAUUGAUCCUGAAACCCAAAAACACAUACCUUACAGGGAACACAAGAGUCUAACUGGAACAGCCAGAUAUAUGUCCAUCAACACCCAUCUUGGCAAAGGUUUGUUACGAUACCUUUGUAUCUUACUUCAUCUGUAUUAUGUAUUACUUCAUCUGUAUUAGCGGAAGAGCUCAGGCUCUUUUCUACAGAACUUAUGCCAUUAAAACAUUUUCAGAUGUUAUAAAAAAUGAGACAUUUGAAUGCUCUUUGUGUGUUUUCAAAGCAUUUUUAUCCUGCUCUUAAGUGGAAGAAGACUCUGUCCUCAGGCUUACAAUUUGAAAGACAUUUUGUUGCUACUGUUGCAUAAUUUUGCAUGCCUACCUGUCAGUAGCACCUUUUUAUACAAAUAUAUUUAAAUUUCAUUAUUAAGAAUAUUAAUAAAUACCGUCUUUUUCAGUGUAUAAGAUGCCUCCGUGUAUAAGACACCCGCUAUUUUGGGGGACUCAAAAUUAAGAAAAUGCACUAUGCACUAUCCAUGUAUAAGGCGAUCCCUUAUUUUAAACUUCAAAAAUUUAGGAAAAAAUAUAAUCUUAUACACAAAAAAAUACGGUAUGUUGAUUACAAAUAAUAUACAUAAAAUAGCCUUUACCAGACCAAAUGAAAACCUACCAACAGCAGUAGCUUUUCAUUUUGUCCAUUAAUGGCUUUCAUCUGAUUAGCUCUUCAAUAGUUUCCUUGCACUUUUUUAGUUCCAUUUGGAUUUUGCUCUUGCCCAUAUACACACAGUUUUGUCCUUAGCUGUUUUGGUAUUGAUAGCUUUUUGAAACUCUGAAAUAGAUUUUUAGCAAAUCAGUGUUUGUGUUGUUUUAUGUCAACCUGUAAGCCAGCUCUAGCAGAAAACACCCAAAGCAUUAUUUAGCUUCCAGAGUGCUUCUUGUUUGGCUACUUAUGUAAAUGCCUUAGUUGCACUUGCGUGAUCCACAUGGGCUUCUUUGGAGCUUUUGCUGUUUUACUGUCCUUGCAAUCUUGACUUCUCAUUCCCUGUAAUACUUUGUCCUCACACUAGUAGAGUGCACUGUACUCCGUUGAAUAUCUUGGAAGCUUCACAGCAUAGGCUAUGUCAUACUUGAAAGGACACAUUUAUCCAUCUUGUAGAGGUUGCAUAAGCAACCCUAUACAGUGGUACCUCAGGUUACAUACGCUUCAGGUUACAGACUCUGCCAACCCAGAAAUAGUACCUCAGGUUAAGAUCUUUGCUUCAGGAUGAGAACAGAAAUCGUGCUCCGGCGGCGCAGCAGCCCCAGGAGGCCCCAUUAGCUAAAGUGGUGCUUCGGGCUAAGAACAGUUUCAGGUUAAGAACGGACCUCCAGAAUGAAUUAACUACUUAACCCGAGGUACCACUGUAAAUCCUAUUUUUACCAUAGUCCUGGGGUUUUUAUUCCUGACUUGCAAUAAGCUAAAGACCACUUUAAUGAAAUAGCUGUAUCUAGAUUUGGAGCCAGUUCAUCCAUAGAGCAUGAAGCAGGGAUGUCUUUUUGUAAAUAGAGAAUAAAUCUACACUAAGACUUCAUGGCCAAUCAGGAGUCUUUGACAAAUAUCCCCUUGUGUGCUCCCUGAUGCCUACAAAUGUUUUCCACAUUGUGCCAGAGCUAGGAAUGUAAUUUAGUAGGCAUUUCUGAUAGAGCGGAUAAAGCAGUGGUGCAUUUUCUUACAUCUUUUCAGAGCAAAGUCGUCGAGAUGACUUGGAAGCCCUUGGACAUAUGUUCAUGUAUUUCCUUCGAGGCAGUUUGCCCUGGCAAGGCCUUAAGGUAUUUGCUAAAGUGUGUUGCUCAGUAUAAUAGCUGCCGGCAGAUACUUCCUGUUUGAUGUAGAGCUUUACCUGUACAGUGGUACCUUGGAAGUCGAAUGGAAUCCGUUCUGGAAAUCUGUUCGACUUCCAAAACAUUCGGAAACCAAGGCGCGACUUCCGAUUGGCUGCAGCGUCAGCCGUGUCGGAUGUUCAGGUUCCAAAGAACGUUAGCAAACUGGAACACUCACUUCCGAGUUUGUGGUGUUUGGGAGCUAAAACUUUUGACUCGCAAGACGUUCGUCAACCAAGGUACGACUAUACAGUUUUUAAGAAAACAUGGCUUUGGGCAGUGAUAACUGGUGGCAGGGGUGGCUCUUCCUGUUUCACCACCUGAGGCAAAAUAGGAUAUCCCACCUCCUGUCUUCACUCCUUACCCCCCAACACUACUACUUCUGCGCCUUGGAUUUUACUGAACUUUGCAGGGGCUGGGGCACUCCUCAAAAUGUUGUCAUUUGGCUUCUCCCACCCCACCCCCCAUUGGGGAAGUGGGAGCCAAGUGGCAGCAUGUCACACAGAAAUGUCUUUGAACUUGCCAAACUUGGCAGGAACCAGGGCACCCCUCAAAGCAUUACUGCUUGGCUUCUCCCUCCCCAGAGGUGCGGGGAAGAUGAGAGGCAAUGUUUGGAUGCUAGAACGUCUCCCUUAUGGCAGUGGAAGUGGUGGGGCGCCACCUCAUGCAUUUCUGCCACCUGAGGCGGGCAUUUCACCCGUCUUCAUGGGCAAGCUGGCUCUGAUUGGUUCAUUGCCCAAGCUCCACUCACUAUGAUACUCUUCAGUUUGCUAGUCAACUUUGAAUUUAAUCCUGAUAGUCAGCCAGGGGAAGUUGCAUGUCUUGCCCUUUUGUUUUUAAUUGCUGACAUAUUCCUUACUGAGCAGCUAAAUAUGACUGCAAGACAUGCUUCUCCUGCUGCAUCUCUUGUCCUCAUUUUGCCCCAGUGCAGAUCAACUGCAUUUUCAAAACAAAAUUUAAAAAAUCCUUCCAGUAGCACCUUACAGACCAAAUAUUCUUCAGGUAUCUGAAGAAGUGUGCAUGCGCAUGAAAGCUCAUACCAAUAAAAAACUUAGUUGGUCUCUAAGGUGCUACUGGAAGGGGUUUUUUUUAUUUUGUUUCGACUACGGCAAAUCAACACAGCUACCUACCUGCAUUUUCAAGCUUCCCUUUAGUUCCCGUUUUCAUUUUGCCUGAUUUUUCUCUGUAUAGUCCUUCUUCAUCUGCCUAGCCCCUCCUGUCCACUUCACAGCUGGAGUCCCUCACAUCCAAUUUGUCAGCCCACAAAGGAGGAGGCCUCCCACACAGAGGUUUAGCAUCAACUCCCCUUGUUUUGUUCUUGGAACCUCAUUAAGGAACAGUAACAAAAAAGAGGUCUAGUGUGCAAAUAAAGGAGAAAAAUCUGGAAUAGGCUUUUAUUGGGUGGGAAGGAUCAGGCUCCCAUCCUUUUUAGAUCUUCUGUUGUAAACAGAUGCUUGAUGAGCUGUGCUGUGGUGCAGAUGGAAGUCCUUUGUCAGGAUGAAUACAGCAAAGGGUUAGAGAGUUAAUGGGUGAAGGAGAUAAUUAGUUUAGUAGAGUCGCUCUCAACUUGCUGAUUAUCAUGCAUUAUAGAUAGUAAUGGUCUUAGAGUAAAUGUUCUUGUAAAGAGCAUUUAUAUAACUUCAAACACCCCUUUUCUGGGCUGUGUAGAAAGAGGAGCUUUGGAGAGGGUGCAGACUGGCUGUAAUGGGUCAAGGAGCUGGCAGGAAAGCCAUGUUGUGCGAGCUUGCACAUGCAGACCUGUUCAUGCAAUAGUAGUAACAAGUAAUGUGUAUAUGGCACUUUAUAGUGCUCAAAUGGCUUUGCAUAAUCUUAGUUUGCAACAACUUGAUAAAAUAGGUCAAUAUUAUCACCAUGUUGCACAUGGGAGGCAGAGAGAGGAAAAGAGUGGCUUGCCUUACUGCGUAGCCUAACCCUCUUAAAAUAUAUAUUUGCCUUACACAGGCUGAUACAUUAAAAGAGAGAUACCAGAAGAUUGGGGACACAAAGAGGAACACUCCAAUUGAUGUUCUCUGUGAGAACUUCCCAGGUAAGUUUCAUAGUGGGUGGUGUAUCUUCUGUGCAAGGUGCCUUCUGAAAAUAGGAACCAGGCUCUUGUUAAAGCAGCAUUUCAAGUGUUGGAACAAAUGUGUUCCUACUGGUAUGCUUGGAUUCUUUGUUCAAUGUAUGGCUAACAUCAGAGUUGGCUAUAAAUUUCAGUGAUACUUGUGUUUAACCUGUGACUCUCCAAGUGUUGUUGGGUAACUAUUUUGAUCAUUCCUGACCAUUGACCAUAAUGGCUGUGACUUCUGGGAGUUGGAGUCCAUUAACAUCCAGAGAGCCACAGGUUACCCUUCCCUGGUUUUAAAUGAUUGCUUGCAGCCACCUGGCUAAUGAUAAGUGCCAGUCCUAGCAUUGAGUAAAUCAGUCUGGUCAAGUUCACAACAACUCUGCUAUGUACUAGAGAGCCUGCUUUCUUUUGUAGCCUGCAUAUGGCUACAGUCCUCCAUGCGCUUCUUUGGAAUUGAUUAUUUCUGAUAGGUAGGGCCCUAGAAUGGUGAUGUGAGUAGCUGAGUGACAAGUUAGCAAACAUGGUUGUUGACCCAUUUCAAGGAUAGAAAGUGUCUUGAUUGCUGGAAAAUGAAUUGGGAGGAAUGUUUUUCUUCACUGUUUCUUCUAGAACUCUCAGUGGUAACAUCCAAUAUCAUGGACUGUGAAUGGGGUCCAUCUGGGACAUCUUCCAAUGUGGACCUCAUGGGCAUUGCCUUUGGUGGUUCCAGUCCUCCUUGGGUUCUUAGGAGACUAGGUGUGUGGUGUUGUUAGCACACUAGCACCCAACUCUGUCUCAUUUUCACUGAAUCCUAGGGAGGCAGUAGAGGCUCUGAAUAGGCUUCUUAAGUCUGUGAGUCAUUGGAUAAGUGUGAUGAACCUGAAGAUACUCUAUUUUAGACUUGUGUGGACUUCAAACAAUCUGAUUGCUAUUGAUGUCAUCGGGGAGGGUCGGGGAGAGAAUUACCUGCACCCACUCUUUCUUUUAGUCAAGCAUGCAAGUGCAACAUAAUUAACAAUGGGAAGAAAUACCUCUUUGCUGUUUGAUAGCUGUCAUAUUGCUCGUCAUUAUACAUAUGUAGGUCAGCAGAGGUGCUGUACCUCAAAGAACAUUCAAGACCAGCAGGUUGUGACUGAUUUAAAUCAAGUAGCCCUUUAAACUUCUGAGCAGCAUACCAUAUUUUUCUGUGUAUAACAUGCCCCCGUGUAUAACAAGACCCCCAUUUUUUGGAACUCCAAAUAAAGACAUCCCCCAUAUGCACUAUCUGUGUAUAAGACGACCCCCAUUUUUAAACUUGAAAAAAUAGGGAAAAAAUAGCGUCUUAUACACAGAAGAAUACAGUAUGUUGAGCUAUUGUUCAAAACAUUUGUGGCCUUGUUUGGGUUAUUACUGACUCCAGAUUAGCAGUGUAGGCUCUGUUCCCUGCAUCUGAUUAUAGCACACUGACAUCAACAGAACGUUGUGGCAAGGACCUAGACUCAAAUAGCUCUUAAAAUGCAGCUAUUCUUCAUUAUUUUCAUUUGCUUUUGUCUCUCUUUGUAACUUGGCUUGUGGGCCCUUGUUUUGAAGACAGGAGCCCAUCUAUUUAAUAUAAACAUGCUUUAACCUACCCAGAACUGUUGAGGUAGUACACUUGAAAAAAUGUGUAUUUUUAUGUUGAUGUCCACUGAGAGAAUUGGGAGGUCUGGUGUAAAUGCUUCCUCCUCUCUAAACCGCUCUUCAGUAUGUAUUUUUGCUACCUGAAAGUUUGCCUUUUCAUAUGUCUAAAUGGCCUCAAGUGUACUAAGGAGAACCAUUUGGAAAUUGUGACUGCAUAUCAUCCUACCAGUGGUACAGGUUUGUUGACUCCCUCAUCUACUUUUGUAGGUUUAUAUCUUAGGGGAUUAAUCCGACCAGUAGGUAAUGUUGAAAUGUAUUCUGCUUCUACUUCUUUCUGAACAGAUUAUCUGAUGUUGCUUCUUCCUAAUUCCCUUUAACAGAGGAGAUGGCAGCUUAUCUUCGUUAUGUCAGACGAUUAGACUUCUUCGAGAGACCAGACUAUGAUUAUCUACGAACAAUCUUCACAGAGUUAUUUGAAAAGAGAGGAUUCACCUUUGAUUACGCCUACGACUGGGUUGGCAGGCCAAUUGUAUGUUGGAGCUGAGUGACAUGUUCCUUUUUUUCUUGACUGUUGCUCUUUCUAUAAUGUCCCUUUUAAAUGCCAGUUACAUUGCAAGUAAUCACUUCAUGAUGAGCUGAGAACACAAGAUGACCUUUUUGCUGUACAUUGAAAACUUUACUGCAAAGCCAUAUACGUGUUCGAGGCUCCAAACAUUUUUAUUUCUUCAAGUUACUAAAUGUGUAUUUCCGAACAAGUAGUAUUGUAAUGUACAUGCAAUUGGUGCUCUUGCAUUGUGACUGGAGGGAUGACAGAAUGCAUAUUUUCUUGGCUCUCCUCCAGAACCGUAGAUUGUCAGAUAUGACCGAUUGUAACUGUUUGUGCUCAUUUCUGCUUCUUUAUUAGUAUGACUUAGUUGCCUUUUCUCCUUUCCCUUAUCAACUAAAUUCUCCAUAAGCUUAUUUUCAUGUUACAUAUCUGUUCCCUGCCUUCAGCCAUGUGUGGCAGCAUUGAGGAACUUUUCCAGCCUGCAGGCAGAUUGUUAUCUCCCCAACCUUUAGAGGGUCAAAUGUGACCAGUGGGUGAGGGUGGGUGAAUCAAUCUGACUGCCAGACUCUCCUCUCGGACCAAGAGGGAGUCGAAGAGCAAACCUCAAAUGUUCUGAAGAGACAUUUGUCCAUCAUUAUCGGGGGAAGAUUAAACCUCCAGGAAGGUGGGGGAGUGUCCAGAACGAGGAGAAGUUCAGAACAGCAGUGUGGCAUCUACCACAUUCAUGUAGAUGUUAAACACGUGCAUUUUUGUGGCCAGCUGGAUAGCAUGAGAUUUCAGGUGUGGCUCUUUGUCUUGAAGAAGCUGUAGGCCACUGGCUGAAAGCAGCAAGAUCAUUAAUUGAAGAUGGGGGACAGCAUCUGUUUGGUCUCUACUCAAAAAAUAUCUGCUCUAGUUGUUAAGUCAACAGAUUGUUUGAGAGUCACCUGGUGGGUCAAUUCUUUUUGUAUGUGUGUUUCUUUUCCAGCCCACUCCAGUGGGGCCCAUGCAUGUGGAGUCUGGACCAUCUGUAACAAGAGACAUCCAUGCACAUAGGGAUCGAUCAUCGAUGCAGCCUCUCCGAAAUCAGGUUUGUUAGCAUAACAUUGUUUCAGCUAUAACUUUCCACUCAAAUCAUUACUGAAACCUUAAUUUAUAAAGAGGGACAUACAGAGAAAAGACUGUUAAUUCUGUUUCUUGAGUGAUUGGGGUGGUAGGAAGGCUGAUUAAUUAAUAUUAUCCUGUAUUUAGGAAUCUUUCCUGUUAAUCUGCUUUACUGUAUUUUUGAAAUGAGUGAUAUAUAAUGGUGAAUGUCAGGCUUUGAAGAAAGGAGAGACUCUUUUUGCAAGAUAGGACUUUAUUCCCCAUUGCAGUAUUAGGAUGGCUUUAAAUCUCUCUACCCAUCGCUGUAAUGCAGUGAUCUGCAUUUCCACUGCAGGCUGAGAAGAGAGGUUUAUACUUGGACCUAUGAUGCGUGUGUAUAUAUCUAUAAACUAUGUACACAUGUGUGAGAGAUUGUGUGACUGCCAGUAGGCUUGGCUAACCUUUAAAAUGUUUGAUAACAGAGACUUGCCCUGGAUCCCCCCCCCCACACACAAUAGGAAGUCCACUUUGGUAUUUACUGCUUUUGGCUUCUGUGCAAACGGUUGGGAGUAGACUUGUCAGAAUGAAUACUUCUUCAUUGCUUUGCUUCUCGGUGCCCACCCUACAGCGAGCUGACCAUGUGCUUUUUAAAAUAAAGCAUUGCUUUGCUCUGGUUUACCUUUGCCUUCCCUCCUGUCUUUUUGCUCUGUGCUUGCAAAUGCCUAUGCAGUCUGCAUCAGAACGUCGCGGAGAAUGGGAAAUGGCACCAAUGCGACAAGCCAAUGCUUUGUUUCUGCAAUCUCACUUAACUUCAGAUCGGCAUGGGGGAUCAGUACAGGUAUUGUCCUUCUCUGUUCCACACAUCUUUUCUACCGCAGUCACUUCCUUGUAACGUUCAUAUGCACCACAUUCUGGUGCAUAUUUGGUUAACUUGAUGCUUCAGCUAAAAUGUGUGAAUUGCCUGUCACAAGGUAUAAGGCAGCACAGUAUGAGAACUUUGUCUGUACUCAGAAUAUCUCCGGGACACAGAUUUCCUCAGUUUGGUGUUGUAUGAGAGUGUUUGGUAGGCAAGUGUGAUGUCACCAUUUGUCUAUGUUGAUUCUUUAGACAGAGUUUGUUUCUUUUUUUCCAGAUUUUGUUUUAGUGUCUUCCAGAUACUUUUAUUUUGUAACUAAUAUUACCGUGCUUAUGGUUUUUCCACAGUGUCUUAGAAACAAAUGCUAUAAAUACAUGUAUCGGGUAGAACAAAGUUAUAAAUAAGGUGUAAUUAUCAUUAAAGAAAAAAUAAUUUAUGUAGCUAGAAAGGGGGAGAAAGAGGAAAGUAGAAGUUUAGAACUAUUCAUAAAGCUAUUACCUUUAUUUUCUUAAGAGUUAAAUUUCACUCAAUAGCACAAUAGGAUUUACUCUUUCUUGUAUUCUAUUAUUCUGUACCAGGAACUUUAUUUAUUGUUGACUGUUCAUUUAUUGUUGACAACUUCCUUGGUUGAUCCCUAGUGUUCAUCUCACUCACUUUCUCCAUGCCAUGCAUGAUUUUAUACAACUUUGUGAUUUCCCCACCCACUUACUCACUUUUUAAAAAGUAAACUAAAAAGCCUCAAACCUUGGGAGCAAAAAGUUUCAGACCAGAGGACCCAGAAUCUCAAACAGGAAGGCAGUUGUUCUGAGACUUCAGUGGAAUUGCAUGACAACCUCCCUGCAAUAAAUAAAUACAUGAGUAUGCAAAGUCUGUUUUAGAACUGAGAGACAAGAAAUCUGAAAGUGGUCAGGAUAAUAGAAGUAAGUUGAAAUAGGCAAUAAGGAAAUAGAUGAGUUUUUGUGGAGAGUAUACAAGGAGGCUGCUGCUGUCUGGUAUCUGGCUACAGCUACCCUGAUAUCUGCUUCCUCCCCUCACCAACCAGAAUUGCUUGAACAUUUGGUAAAGAGAAAUCAAUGCUUCCAAGGUAGUGUUGAAAAUAAGCAAACAAAACUAAUAGCCCACAGAUUCUUAGUAGUCCAUUUACCUUCAUACAUGUGAAAAAAGCAAAGCAAAGCAAAACCCCUAAAAAACAAACCCCUCUUUCUAAGCAGAGCAAAACUUGUGGACAGACCAUGUGCUUCACAUGUAGGUCCCAGCUUCAAUCGUUAUUUCACUCUGUAGUUUCUACAUAGUAGAGAGAGAGAGAGAGAGAGAGAGAGAGAGAGAGAAGCCAUCACUCCUCAGACAGUUUUAUACAGGCAAACUUUGGUCAUGCACACUAUAUGUAUAUUUUGACCACCUGCACUGCUUUCUUUCUUUUUGAUGAUGCGUCCACUGAUUAUUUCAGAGCACUGUGGAUCUUCUCUGUCAUUGGAACCCUCUUGAUCCCAAAUUAGGCUAGAGGUAUAAAAAUUAAUGCCUUAAGAUUCAUAAACUAGUACUCUGCAGAAUUCAUUCUAUGUCUCACACAUUUUUUAAGUAUAUCCUAAUCAGAAAAAAACAAAAACUGCUGGAAUGUUUGCAGAGAACUUCCUUUCUGAGCACCAAGUUUCCUUUUCACUUAAUUUAAUGUGCCAAUGCGUGUGACACAAACUGGGGCUAUGUUUUCAUAUUAAUGUCAGGGCUUUGUUUCUAUUUUUUUAAGGUGGUAAGCUCGACCAAUGGUGAGUUGAACAUCGAUGAACCAACAGGAGCACCUUCCAAUGUACAAAUUGCAGCACGUACUGAGGUGGAAGUAGUGGAGGAAGCUAAGUAUGUUUGCUGUGAAAGCAAUUUCCCUCCCGCAUCAUUUGUGUGUCAAAUCAGUUUGUGUGUUCUUGUGUUUGAUGCCUAUAUCCAUAACCUGCUAUCAGAUGCUUUGUUUUUGCAUGUUAUCCUUAGUGCUGCUGCUGAUGGUACAGCUUCUUUUCACUUGCACUGCCCAGGUAAUGUUGCUGUUGGCCAGAGCAUGCAUUGCAAAUCAGUAUUUCAGAAGAAUUUGCAAGUGGCAUGUAUAGUAAACGUCCUCUGAGUUAGGGCUGUAGUUUCUGUUUGUCAAACUGUAUGCGCAUAACUAGCGCUGGGGAUGCCGAAGUCAGAGUCCCUCUUUAUCCCUCAUUCUUGAAAUCUGAGCCUAUGCAAUUUUAGGUUAACCUGUCAGACUGCGAGUAACUCCUUUUUUUGCUAUGGAAACAUGUAAGGUAACUUUAUAAGCUGCCUGCUGAGAGUUGCAAGGUAUUUUGUUGAGGGAAUAAUGCCUUGGCUGUUUUUCCAUCUCCACCAUCUGGUGGCACUUUGCAUGAUCUUCUACCAUUACAUGAACCAUGAUGUGGAAUCUUCUCUAGGUAAUCAGCAGUCCUCUUUUCUUUAUAAAUGAAGUCAGCACAUACCUAAUGCAUUAUGGGAAGGAGGUUCCACAAAGGCUUCAUAGAUCAAGGCAUAGCAGAUUGACUGACUUGCCUUGUGGCUACUGAAUGUCUCAGCAUAGGCUUCUUGGCAAGCAUUGUGAUUCUUUAUUUCCUAGGCUGGGAAUAGCCUAAAAUUGCUUGUGAGAAAAGCAAGUGUAUGCAAUACCUCUAAUUGUGCUUCAGGUGUGAAUCUUCAGCUGAGAAGUAAUCGCCAAGCACUCCAUUACCCAAGAAAUGUGUUAUCGUUCUGCGAACAUUUCUGUCUUCAGCCAUAAGGAGAGCUUUAUAGCUGCAGGAAAUUCAGGAUUUGAAUGUAUUUAAAUAAAAUUGAGUGGUCCUUGUGGCAAACUUAAUAAUUGUGUGUUCCAUUCCCAGCUGAGCCUCUGUUCCUCUGCAGGGGAACAAUAUAUUUCAGCAGAUGGGGGUGGGAUGAGAUAUUGACUACUUUGGAUAUUGUUAUAUGAUACAGAGCUGUCUGCCUGAGUUUCUUUUGACAGCAGACUAGCUUCCACCAAGUGCUGCUCAAGUGAACUGGGCUUCGGUACUUGUACUUCGCUUUGGAUGCUAGCUUUCAAUAAAUUGUUCAGCUUGUUGCUCUGUGCAAGACAGCCUUUGCUUUGGUGCUGUAGCAUCAGCUAAGUUAAGUUAGGCCAUGUCCAUGGAGCCUAAAAAUUAAGACUCCAAAAUGUCCGCAAGGACAUACUCUCCUGUGGUGGACUUGUUGCUGCAGCUGUGACAACAGCAAUAUCUCUGCAUGUUAACUUGAAAAUAAAUCACAGUACAUUCAUUGAGUUUUUUUACUCCCUAGUAAGCGUGCUUAGGAUUGCCUCCUUAGUGGGAGAUGCCAAUAAAAUACCAUUACUGACUUUGAUUUUACAACUGAGCUAUGUGAAGAAUUGUUUUCUUCUGCAGUAAAUAAGGAAGUUAGGGACAUUUAAUGUUGACGGUGGAAUUGGGGAAGGUCCUGUGGUUACAACACGGUGUACCAUAUCUCCUCUGCACUUGAUCUUUCCAUGGAAAUUGCACAUUCAAGCUUUAUCCACAAUUUCCUGGGUAUGCUAAAAGUUUCCAAGACAUUUGAAUUCACACAGACUUCUAGUCAAUAUGAUACUUCAGUUGAAAAGUACAGCUAUUCAAAGGAAAUGACUGAUACCACAGUCUUAUUAAUUUCAUAGGGCUUAGGGGCAAUUAAUUAUGCUUAGAAGUGAUGGGUGAGGUUGUGUGUGUGUGUGUGUGUGUGUGUGUGUGUGUGUUUAACUUGUAUAGUAAAAUUUGGAAAGCUGAAAAAGGCGUUUCAGUUUUACUUUCCUCUAGACAAGAUGCUGUCGCUUCUCUUUCCUCGCUCUGCCUUUUACUCUUCCUUUCUGCCUGUUCAUCUCCCAGCCAUGGAUGAUCUUUAUUUACUUAUUAAGCCAUCAACUUCUAACAGACCAUUCAAAUGUUGUCUACCUCAAGCUGUGUGACUUCGUCAUUUUUUAAGCCUGCUGUGUCUGUGUGUCUCCAGACUUUUUCUUGCUAGUGAAGCCUUUCUGUCUGCUCUUUUUUUUUUCUUGCUGUGAACCUCCUGCUCAAAGAAUAUAAGAUCUCUCUGUGAAUUUCUAUCCAGACCUUUUUUCAUUUCCCUCCAUAUGCAGAAUUCCCUAGUUUUGUCAUUAAUCAGUUUCUCUAUCCUUCAUAUAUAUAUGAAAGAUGCUCACUACCUUCAAUCAUGCAACCUGAUCUCUUGAUCCAUCCUUUCCUACCUCUGAUUUCUCCCUCUAGCUAUCUUCAUUUGUUCUGUGCUGCCUAGUUCCUUAUCGUGGGCUUUCAGACAUACAAAUAUUUCUCAGUCCUUAUUUCCUCCUUAUAUUCAUACUUCCCCCUUUCAGCUGUCAUCCAGUACCUUUCAGUGCAGAAUUUGUUGAGCAUUUCGUAUGAUCCUGUUUAUCUUUUGACCUCCCAACUCCUUCCUUUACUCUUUUCAAUCUGAUUUUUGCUAGAUUAACUACACUGAAACUGCUUUUACCAAAGUUUUCAAUACCUUCUUCUGGCCAAACCUUAGAGUAGCUUGCAUUCUAAUUAAACAAUCUGGUACUUUCAAUCAUGUCAACUUUCCGUUAAAUAUAUUGUUUUUGCCGUUCUUGAUCCUCUUUAACUUCUUUUUUCCUUUUCCUUUAUUUCAUUCCCUGGCUCAUAAUAUGCUCUAAAGGUUUAAAGGUACCCCUUUCCGUACGGGCCAGUCUUGCCAGACUCUAGGGUUGUGCGCUCAUCUCACUCUAUAGGCCGGGAGCCAGCUCUGUCCGCAGACACUUCCGGGUCACGUGGCCAGCGUGACAAGCUGCAUCUGGCGAGCCAGAGCAGCACACGGAACGCCGUUUACCUUCCCGCUGGUAAGCGGUCCCUAUUUAUCUACUUGCACCCGGGGGUGCUUUCGAACUGCUAGGUUGGCAGGCGCUGGGACCAAACGACGGGAGCGCACCCCGCCGCGGGGAUUCGAACCGCCGACCAUGCGAUCGGCAAGUCCUAGGCACUGAGGUUUUACCCACAGCGCCACCCGCGUCCCAUAAUAUGCUCUACUUCCAUUCAAAAUGUAGCCAUUUGCCUCUGGUUGCUUGCAUUUAGCUCUCAUUGCUUGUGCUUACUACACUUAUACAGAUAAAAAUUCUCCCUUUUUAAAACUCGUGAUAAUCAACUUCUAAUAAAUUCUUUUAUUCUGAUUGCAUUGCUAACAACUCCUGUAUCCCAAACUAAACAACAUGGUAAGAAUUCAGAUAUCAACCUAAGAAGAUCCCUACUGGAUCAAAACAAAGACCUAUGCAGUCUAGCAUCCAGUUUCUCAUAGUAGCCAAUGAGACGUUUAUGGGAAGUCCACAAGUAGGACAUGCAGGCAAUAGUCUUUUCCUGCUGUUGUUUUUCAACAGCUAGUAUUCAGAGGUAUAUUGCCUCUGAUUCUCAGAGGUAGGAUCUUUUCACUCAGAUACUUCCUCUCCUGACUACCUGUCCCUACUUCUGUUGCUGGCAGAAAUUUGAUAUUUUCCCAAUCUCCCAAGACUGCAAACUUGCGGACAUGGAAUACUUCCCUUUCUUGUUGUCUUAAUACUGCUACUGUUUCCACCUCUAAAACUGUUUUAAACCAUCAUCCAUGGUAUUGCAUCCUCUUUUUGCUGGCUACCAUAGCUGAAAGUCACCCAUUGUCUUAAAUCUCUUUUCCAGCUUUCUUUGUCACUUUCCACACCAGCUUUGUCUUUUGUAGCCUUUAAAUUUAAAGGCUCUCCAUUAUUUUCCUCCAGACCAUAAGCUCAUUUGAUGUUGUCCCAUCUAUUUUGGUUUUUCUUCCACAUUUUCCACUGUCACCUAUGUUCUGCCUAAGUUAGACUGUAAAUCCUUUGUGCCAGAAGUGUUACUUCUGCUUUCUCCAGCACAUGCAGAAACUUAAAUAACACAGUAGUGGUGGUGGUAAUAAUAAUUUAUUUCCAAGGCAUGUAGGGAGACUAACUCCUCCUCAAAAUGAUAAAUGAAGUUAAGGAAAUGUAGGGGUAUUGUUUUGAUCACUUGCCAUGUUCCAUCAAAGCACUUAAGGUAUUUGCAUUUGAGCCUUUUUAGCCAGCUAUCUCUAGAGUUUCCUUGCAACUUAAAAAGUUCAGAAACCUUCUUGCUCCUAUCUGCCAAAGUCCUCUAGAGCACAUUCCCGUCAAUGAUGAUUUUCUGAUGCUCUAACAUAGUUGUCUCAGACAGUUGUGAAAACUUUGUCUCAAAGCAACAAUCCCUUGUGAUAGCUCUUUCCUGGUUAGUUGCAGAAGGUUCAGGUGGAACCAGGUUUGACAAGGCAGGUAGACGUCGUGUGUAUCACAGAUCUGCACUGCAUGUUUGCAUGACUUGCCAUGACAUGCUUCCAUCUCGCCUCUGAACUAAUGUCUCCCUACCUUUCUGUGUUUUUAUUUGUCUUUCUUUCUUUCUUUCUCCUCACACUGUCUAUUGUAGCUGCCUGAAAAUGCUCAACUUGUGGUGAGUCACUCUCUCUGGUUCACAUACAAGGGGGCGUGAACCAGACUAGGCCAUGAUUGGCCAAAUCAAAAUGAAAUAAACGGAAGGGGUGGGUGAGCUGCUCAGAGUCCUUGGACUGUCAUCCCUAACACACCAAACACUUGUCUUUUAAGUUUUACUUGGGUGAACAAAUACUUGAAGUUAGGAAGUGCUUAGAGCUAGAGGCAAUAAAUUUCCUACGCAAUUUUCUCUCUACUUGCACACUUUUGUCAGUUGUCAGAUUUUUGUGGCAGAGGCACAACUGUCCUGAAAGCAUUGCACUUGCUACAGAGCUAGAGUUCUGCUCCUUUCAAUCCUGAUUUCUGUCAGCAGCUUCAUGGUAAAAAUGUGGCUUGGGUGGGUGUUGCCCUUUGCUUGGUAUUUCCAGAGCUAGGCUCCUACAGUAAGAAAAUAGUAUUUAUUCUGGACUGGGAACCAAUAAACUAUUUUCUGAACUACAUCUAGGCUGCUUAUACCAGGCACAGGUCAAAGUACUUGACUUCCUGUGGCUUCCUGCAGUUUGUAGGGAAGAGUUAGUUUAUAGCUUCAGCUUGUAAAAUGGUGCCCUCCAGGUGUUUUGAACUCAGAUGUCUGUCGGCCAAUGGUCAUACUGUAUUCUGAAACGUCUGGAGGGCACCAGGUUGCGGAAGGUGGGUUAGAGCUUCAUAUUUUGUUGUAGAGGGUGAGGAUAGGACAAGGAGGCAACCUAUGUGAUGAGGGUUGUUUACAAGUUGGAGAAAAGCUACUACUCUCACCAUUGUGAUUAUCACUGAUACUUGUUUUUAUGUGUGCCCCAAACUGCAGCUGUUCUCUCAAACAGUAUGUGAACAAAAGGAAUCCAUAAUGUUUCAUGCCAGAGUAUAACCUUGAAUGCACAUGAGUCCACUCCCUUGCUGAAGCUAAGCGGUCUGGGUCUGGUCAGUUCCUGUAUGGAUGACCACCUGGGAUUCUCAUGUGUGUCACCAUGUGUCGUUCCCCAACAGAGGAAAGGCAAGCUAGGGUACAAACAUUUUUACAAUUCUGUCCUACACCUAUUUUGAGCCCUGAUGGGGCCAGAAUAAGCAAAAGUUUCCUUGUCCGAGCUGCAGAAACCAAGAGUCACAGCUGAAUGGCUAUGGAGAUAGGUUUACUUGCUUUCUGGCUAGUUUUGAGGGUCACUUAGCCACGGCAACAAGGGGCAAAACCUCCCCUACCUGUCCUGAUGCACCAAGCUUACCAACUCUGCCCUUCUUCCUUUCUAGCUGGGCUCUCAUAGUUGUAAAACACUACAUGCUCCUUUCUGUGUAAGAGGUGUCACCCUCAUACAUUUUAACCUGAACUCUCUCAUGAAGAAAUGAUAACCUUAAGAUUUUAUUGCAGUGAGGUCUGUAAUGCUACUGCAAAUGGCUAAACAAAUUGUUACCUUUCUGAGCAAUGAUGUGUGAUUUGGGGCUAGGGUCCACAAAGUUUAUAGUCGCCACCAAUCCCACUCUUGUAUUUUCUGCCUUCUCUUAUUGUGUGGGAUAUGGAGAAAGUAGGAGUCCUGCUCUUUCUUUUCUGCUUGAAAACUGCAGUGGAGAGGAAUCUGUGUGGUGUUGGGUGUCCUGCUCACCAAAUGGGCGGGGGACACUCCCAGAGGGUGACUUCUAGAUGGUAACGUAAAUUAGUGCCUCCCUCUUCUCUGGGGCUUUGUAGAGGAAGGGAUGCAUUUUUUUAUGAAAUGGGAAUGUUUUUCCUGACAACUGGACUCUUUAAAAGCAGGUGAGAAGCUUGAGAUGUCUGAAAUGUGUGGAAAGCGGAGUGUUUUUAAGGAACCAGCUGCCUAUGAAGAUUCUGUAAUGAGUCCCUUAUAGGGUCUGCUGCAGCCCUUGAGUUUCUUCCUCCUCUGGCUAUACAGUGGUACCUUGGGUUAAGAACUCAAUUCGUUCUGGAGGUCCGUACUUAACCUGAAACUGUUCUUAACCUGAGGUACCACUUUAGCUAAUUGGGCCUCCCGCUGCUGCUGUGCCGCCGCACGAUUUCUGUUCUCAUCCUGAAGCAAAGUUCUUAACCCGAGGUACUAUUUCUGGGUUAGCAGUGUCUGUAACCUGAAGGGUCUGUAACCCGAGGUACCACUGUAUAUGGAACAAAGGCAGCCAAAGGAAGAUGGCUAAUUCAGUCUGUAGAGCAUGCAACUCUUAAUCCCAGAGCUGUGGGUUCCUGCAUUGCAGGGGGUUAGACUAGAUGAUCUUUGUGGUCCCUUCCAACUCUACAAUUCUAUGAUUCUGUGAUAUUGUCAAAAGAAACUAUAUAGGUUAUUGCAUAGAACAUCAAAUUCAAAGUUAAAAAGUUAAGGUUAAUGAGGCACUUCCACCAGGGGAAGAAAUUACUGUUCCAACCCAUGAAAUCUAGAGCCCUGAGAAUAUUUUGGCUGCUCUGUUCUUUCCCCAGCUUACAUGUCUUUUGCACACAUGUUUCUUACUUAUAAGGACCUGCUACUGUUGUAGCUGAAAGAAAGGGCAGAUAACUGUUGUAUACCUUGUAGUGGAGAAAAAUGGUAGUAAAGGAAGUCUCAUUUGCCUGUAAUCUCUGUUGAAAACACAGCCUGUUGUAAUUGCUUUUGUGAAUUGCAUCUGUGUUGAUGGCACUGGAGAGAGAGAAGAUUGAGAUUGUUAGAGUGAAAAGUAGAGUAGAGUCAUGUUUUAGCUCAGGUUCCUGCUGCUUUGGAGUACCUUUGCUUCUGAACAUGUAUUCAUUGCAAGAGGCAAAUCUUACUAAUGCAGCUUACAUUCUGCAAUAAUGGAUUGCUUGUCUCCGGCUUCUACUGGUAAUGAUUCCUCCUCCCACAACAAAAUAAGUUAAUUAUUGGAGUGUGUGAAAGAACAACAGAAUCUCACAACCCAGCAUUCAGUCCUUUGUGUGUUCUGUCCUGGAGAACAAAUGCCAUUCUUGAGUUUUGACUGUUGGGUGUUAAAUGGUCCUCCUUCAGACUUUCCUAGUACAGUCGUACCUUGGUUGUCGAACACCCUGGAACUUGGAUGUUUUGGCUCCCGAAUGCCGCAAACCCGGAAGCGAUUGUCCCGGUUUGUGAACGUUAUUUUGGAACCCGAACGUCCAACGGGGCUUACGCGGCUUCUCAUCAGAAGCCACGAUUUGGUUUUUGAACGUUUUGGAAGUCAAACAGAUUUCCAGAAUGGAUUCAGUUUGACUUCUAAGGUACGACUGUAAUUGGGGCAUCUGUAUGCAUACCAAAUUUCUACUUCUGGGUGGUAUGCAAGUACUUCUAACUAUUUUGGGCUAUGCUUCAUGGCCUCUAUUCUUAGAGAGUUGCACAAGUGUCCCCACUUUAGGACCUAGAGUGUCUUGAACUGAACGCAUAGCAAAUCUUAGCUUUCUACGUAACGUCCAGUACCACGGCACUGUGAGCCCAUGAGUUUCAGGCACAAAUGUAUGGCCUGAUUCAGGCAUAAUUAUCCCAGCCUAGCAAACAAAAUUGUUUGUUCCUGUCCAACAGGACUGGUAUCAUUAUGUCUGUGGAGCAUCUUCCUACAAAAGACUAGAGAAUUCAAUUUAUGUGGUGGGGCGUUUAUAUUUAUUCCUGUAAGGCUUUUUAGGAAGGAACCAUGGCGCUUGCAGAGCUUAAUGUUAUUUUUUCUGAGGUUUUGCUUGUUCUAUGUUGGGAGUGCUUACCCCCCAUUUUAUGUGAUACACCAGUCUUGUUUCUGCUUGAUUGUAUUUCUGUGGUGGCUGCAGAGGAAAGUAUAUGGAAACACAGUGAGCUAGCAAUGGAGGGAUGUAGCAUUCAGUCCCUUCUCUACCAGGUGCACACUCACUCUAUAAAAUUCAUUAUCACAGGCAAAUUCUUAAACAUACGGCUAGGAUAAACAGGCUAGGAUAAACAUGCCUAGUGAAUUCACUACUAGGCAUGAAUUUUCCAGUAAUUGGGGUGUUUUAGGCUGUGUGUGUUUUACUUUACCUUUUCAUGGGUAUAUUCCUUGUGUACCAUUGCCCCUUCUUGAAGUUAUUUUCAGACCUGGACUAUAUAUAUGCCAAAUGUUUACUCUGUCAUCGGUGUGAAAGUAGUUUGACCAAAUAGUCAUAUUUGGACUAUGAUUGUGGAUUAGUCCGAUCUGGAAGUCUGGUUGGCCGAAUGGAACAUGGGUAGUUUGGAAAUGCUGAUGCUUAUUUUUUUCCUUCCUGAUCUGACUAUUGCAGAGGGCUCCUGAUUAAACUGUAGGCUUUUAUAUCCAUGCAUAUUCAUUCAUUUCUAUCUGUAGCUAUCUUUUUGUUUUAAAUAUAAACUGUACAAACAAGCGGGCUCAUAAAAUACAAUAGUCUAUAUCCAGCAUUCUCUGUCUGCCAGCUCAAGGAUGAGUUUUAAUGUUGCACAACAGGUGAAUCCCAUACAGUAAUUGCACAGGUGGAAAUUCAUUGCACAACAUAUUGUGCUGUCUGUCACGCAGCGAAGUUACCAAAGGCCUGCGUAUGCAUUCUCUGGUUCAACAACAUUCUGCUGGUGCAAAACAUUUCAUCAGCAGGGCAAGUGUCCUGCUUAGUGACUUUAACUUGGCAUUGCAUUUCAUACAACCCCGUGUGUAUAUAUAUAUAUUUUCCCUAAAGAGGUAUAGCUAGCAAUAGAUGUGCACCAUAAGGUGUCCCAUAAAGUCCAUGGUUAUCAGCAGUUCUGUAGUCUUAAGACAUACUUGGCCAUACCUGACUCUUUAGGGGGGUUGUGUGUGUGUGUGUGUGUGUGUGUGUAUGUGUAUAUGUAUAUGUAUAUGUAUAUGUAUAUGUAUAUGUAUAUGUAUAUGUAUAUGUGUGUUUUAAGAGUUCAGAAUUCCUGAGUAUGUAUCUGCAGUCUUUUGAGCCACAUCAUGUGCUGUUACUUUUGGAAUAGCUCCCCACUGUAGCUGUAGGAAGGGCACUUUAUUUAUUUCUUAUUUGCCUACUUCUUCAAACCAAAAUAUCGUAAGUGGUUUACACAAAAAAUAAAAUAUCAUAAAUACUCUGUGUGUGCUUCUUAGGGGUCUCCCCUUCUAAACAUAAGCUGCCUGGGGGAACUUCUCUUAACCCUGUGCCUGGUGUCUGCCUGUAGCAGGACAGAGUGUGUGAUGUUGGAGAUUUCAGCAAGAGUGCAUCUCUUACACUUGUGAGAUUAUCUCGGAUUAGGGCCAACCUGCAUUCCCUACAAACUAAGUAGCUUCCUCCCCUGGCUUUGUUUGCUGAGUUCUUGCUGGGGUCAGAGUAUAUGAUUCUGUCCAUUUGUUUCUGGGCAGUGGAGAACUUGACACUUGGCAAUGGUGGAUCACUAGUCUCACUGUCCCAGGGAAUUUUACCCACAGUUCAAGAAUUUAGUCUUAGAUCAUCCUUUUGUAACAUUGUCUGAUCCUUUAAAAGAGAGAAAACUAUGUUAAGUAUCUGUUUGCUACCAACCAAACAUGUACAAUAGGCCCCCCCCUCACCUGUUUUGGACUACAACUCCCAUUUGGCUGGGGCUGGUGGGAGUUGUAGUUCAAAGCAGCUGCAAGACCCCAAGUUGGGAAAGGCUUCAAUAGACUAUGGGACUAAAAAUCCAAGGCUAUCCUGUUGGUGGUGUCCCCUACUGCCCUACCUUAUUUUGUAGUUUAUAUCCCUUGGAGGCAUUUGACCCUCAUAUUUGGGCAGCAUUUAAAAUGCUAAAAUACCUUAACAAGCAAUCUGUCUGCCGGCCUGUAUUUACUCUCUUCAAAAUAUUAUCCUCUGCUUCUGUUACUGUUUAGGAACAAGUUGGCUUACAAACCUAAAAAAUAAAUUCAAAUAUAACCCCCCCCCCAACACAGUGUAACUUAAGCAGUUGGGCAUCUGGAAGCCCCAAUAAUUAAACCCAUUCCAAAGUUUUGCUGAAUAAUAAUUUUCACCAAGCAGUUAAAAGUCCUAGGCUGUUUAGGUCUUGAUAGGUCAAAACCAGCACUUUAAAUUUUGCUCAGAGCAAACCAGAGAAGUUAGUGAAGUCUUUUGCUGGAAGCAAUUGCAGAAUAUUUGUGCUGUCUGGCAGCAUUGCAACAUCAUUAUCUAUCUGGGUAGUAGUGUGUGCAACAUGCAAAUGGCUUUGCAUUAUGAUGCUGGCCUUCUAGCAUAAUUGGUGCAUUUUAUUCAACUUCUGUGUGUUUUUGUAUGUACCAUGCUCAGUCAUAAUCUUUCGGUUGGACUGGACAAGCUGCAUAUUUCAAAAGUGUACAUCUUCCAUUGACAUGAGUGGUAGGCCAUUGUUAUUUAUUAGCAUUUAUGGAAUCAUUUGCAUUGCAUUAAGAGCUGAUACACAUACCCAUUUUCUUAAGUGGGAAAGUCAGAACUGGGGUGAAUCUCCUUGUAUUAUUUCUGAAAAACCAUGUUCAGGACGUGGUUAGCCAGAAAUUAUACAGCAUAGUGAAUUUCACAAGACACUUUUGCCAUGUGGCUAUUGGGAGGGGAAACCAUUUUAUGACAACUCUUCCACCUUAGAAAUUUGAGGUGUUGGGAACAUUAGAAGUAAUCACUAGCAUAUCUACUUCUGCCACUUUUUUGUAUAGAUGGAAACAAUAUAUGUGGGAAAUAGGUGUUUUUAAGGACUAUAUCGCGUAUUCCAUCAGUCUUUGUGACUCUCUCUCUCUGUCUCUGCUUCAUUUCAUAGUGAAUUAAUUUCAUAGGUGAAGGCCACCCAGUAUCCACUCCAGGCUUCUCAUAAGAGACUGGUUUGUCUGGUUCUGUCAACCAUCCAGCCUGUGUCAUCUGUAAUGGAAGCCAUCUGUGCAGCAUAAGUCACCCUAGCUUCAUGCAUGCCUCCCAGGUUUUACAGAUCAACUUCCUUCACUUAUGUUGUUCAUUUUAUCAUUGAUUAAAAUACACCAUGUCAAAACCUAGAUAUGUCACCUUCCUGUUUUAUUAUAGAGUUGUCUUUUCUCUCUGAGGUUUUGUCCACUAAUGAGAUCACAUGCCUUAUAUGGGGCUACCUAUGCAAAGUAAAUCAAAUUGUGUACUCAAGCAUUCAGAUUUUACACCUAAAAUUAAUUAUGGAAAAUAAGCAACUCUCUCUAGCAGGUUAAGUUAGCUCGAUCUCUCAAGAUGCAGAUUUUCUGUGAAUAAUAAUUUUCUAGUAAGGUCUGUGUUACAGAAAUUUCAGUUAGGUAAACAGUUCUUAUUUGUGGAGUGGAAGUUUAUGCAAGAACCAGUUGUACUUCUAAGGACUGCCUUGCCCUUUCUUCUUUGCUCCAAGCAAGGUUGGGGCUAUGGGGUUCUUUUCAUCCAUGAGAUGGACCAUAGGAGGCUCUGUAGGGAUUGCCAGCGCCCAAGGAGGAGAUAAAGUUUUGUCCACUCCCUGCAAUGUCUCCAAUUGCAGCUGCUUUGAUUACUAUUGUAGAAGGUAGUGGAAUCCGUAACUCUAAAUAUUGUUAGUGGAAAAACCAUUCACUUCUCUGGAAAGGGAAGGAUACAUACAGUCCAUUUGUACUGAUGAGCAUUUUGCCAACAUGCGAUAUUCUCCCAAAUUGGUUGAGUCUCCUUUAAAAACACACACAUUGUACAAUAGAUUGUAACUGAUCCAGAAGCUGAGAGUGGGAGAAACAAAGUUAUGCUGAUGCUAGCAGUGCCUGUAGCUCUGUUCUAAUGCGGCAGGCCAUGCACUAUAGGCAUUUGAUAUUGCAAUGGGUGACCAGAUGCUAAUGUUAACUUUGAUUGUAGCUCAGUGCAACACAGUGAGUUCUCUGCCUUUUCUUUUCCUCUCCCUUCUUCCCCAUCAUUCACAGCUCUGUGAGACCAACGCAAUGGCUUAUUGCUUUGCAUGGGCUAUUUAUUGUGGUGUCUCUCCAAACCAUGGAGAGCUCCUCAUGGUCACAUGUGGGCAAAGUUUCCUCUCUCAUCCCUGUUCCAGGGAUGAAAAUGGGCAACAUUCAAAAGUCAUCUGUCCUUGUUCUGCUUCAUUAUGCUCGGAUGACUAAUAGUUUUCUCCUUGAGUUGUUGAAAGAGGGAGUACAAGGGUGAUAAGACGCAUGUUGAAAGCUGCUUCUGUCCAGUAAACUUUGUCAGGCAAAUCCAAGUGGCUCAGGUAAGAAGGCAAGCAACAUGCUACAAGGAAGGAGGAAAAUCUCCUGGAGGAUAAUCUAAUUUGUGAGAAGGCAAUGGGUGAUUCCCUUUGGACCACAAAUGGCAGGAGACUUAUCAGGGAAGGACUUCUAGGCUAUAAAUUGCUAACACGGCAAUUUUUUGAAAAAAUACUAUUUCUACUAAGUAUUAUGUAAGCAGUUAUUCCACAAUAAUUAUACAUUACACAUAAAUAACAAAUGAAGACAAAAAUAUUAAUUAAAUCUAAUAACAAUAAAUCAUGAUCAAAACAGUAUUAACUUGCUUUUAGUUAACUAAUUCAGAUAUUUAUCUGUCGGUCAACUUAUUCCCAGAAUGUAGUGGGACUGAAAAGUUCAAUCUUUCAUAGACUUCAUUAUUCCAGUAUUGAGGGGCGAGGGAACCUUCAAUCUUUCAAUAAAUCACUUUGCUGCUUUCCUCCCGUUACCUCGUUUAUGAGUUUAAUUGAAUAAGCCAUGCCCAUACCCUCAAGCACCAGCGGUCAAUAGAGGGCAAGUUAAUUUUCUUUCAUUUAUGACUAAUAGCCAAUUGUGUUGCUGUUAAUAAAUGUGUAAUCUUGAGACUAUACAAAUCCUAGGAAGAUGACCAAUCAGUUCAUUGACUAACUGCUGCCUGUGUGGUUUUUUUUAUUAUAAAAAACCCCCCAGCUAUAAUAGAGAUUCAAUAAUUUAUUAUUUUGGGGGUAUAACUGAAAGUGUUGAGAAAUCCAUUGGAGUUACCCUACAAUACUCAUUUUGUGUUUGAGCAUAAGUUUGAGUGCCAGUUACUGCUCAAAUACAGUUUAUAUAAAACUGUUCACAAUAUGUAUACAUGGAGUGGGCUCUAUUAUCUGUGGAAUUUCCAUGUUGGUUAUCUGAGAGAAAUGUCCUGUUGAAUGCAAACUUACCACCAUGCUAUAAAUUUAACUUAAAGUUUAAGUUAAUGGAGAUCAGAAUUUCAGAUUUUUUCACCCUCUUUGUGAACUGUAUUUUACUAUUAAUUUAGUAAUUAUAUGCUUAACUUCCUAGCCGCUGAAGUAUGGGAAUGCCUUGCCUCACUGCUUGUGUCUUUAUUGGUCUCUCAAGAUAUUCGUAAAAAUAAUCUCCUAAAAUCUUGUAGGGUGGUGUUGGGAAGAAGGUCGAUUGCAAGGAUUUCUGAUUCCCAAUUGUUUAACCAUACUAACAACAAAAUGACACUCUCUUGAUCUAGAUUAUGCAGCUGAAAUGAUAACCUGGAGUGGGCUUUUAUAUUGUUGUUGUUUUUUAAAUGAUAUUUAUUACUUUCCAACAAUUUAGACAUUACAUAAAAAAAGAAAAUAGACAAUGCAAUACAAUACAAAAACAAUACCUAACACUAAACUAACAAAAACAAUUUAAAACAAAACAAAAACAAUUUAAAACACAUCAAAUAAUUUCAAUCUUUCAUUCACUUAUUUCCAUGACCUCCUCACACCUCCCUUUUUGUAUUCCACUUCUAUUAGUUGUUUCAGCAAUUCCUUUCCAUCUUCCUCUGCUUUCUAUCCUAUAAUUAUCUUAACACAUUUUAACCUUAUUUUUCCCUUUAAUUCUCUAUUAAUCUAUUUAUACUUAAUUCCUUAUAACGUUUCUGCUGAAGCCAUGUAACUUCAUUCCAACAUUUUUCUAACAUUCAUUAAUUUUACAAUAUUUCUGUAAAUAGUCUUUAAACUUUUGCCAAUCUUCUUCCACCGACUCUUCUCCCUGGUCUCGGAUUCUGCCAGUCAUUUCCGCCAAUUCCAUAUAGUCCAUCAACUUCAUCUGCCAUUCUUCCCGGGUGGGUAAAUCUUGUGUCUUCCAAUACUUCGCGAUGAGUAUUCUUGCUGCUGUUGUAGCAUACAUAAAAAAAGUUCUAUCCUUCUUUAGCACCAAUUGGCCAACCAUGCCCAGGAGAAAGGCCUCUGGUUUUUCCAGAAAGGUAUAUUUGAAUACCUUUCUCUUUCAUUAUAAAUCAUCUCCCAGAAUGUCUUAAUCCUUGGGCAUGUCCACCAAAGGUGAAAGAAUGUACCUUCAGUCUCAUUACAUUUCCAACAUUUAUUUUCGGGCAAAUGGUAAAUUUUUGCAAGCUUGACUGGUGUCAUGUACCACCUAUAAAUCAUUUUCAUUAAGUUUUCUCUUACGGCAUGGAUAAGAUAUAAAGAUUUGUUAGAAAAGAAAACCCCAAGAUGGUUGUCACCAAUGGAAGCGAAGGCACAGAAAAAACUCAAUAUGGAGGCCAAAUGGCCGAAAUAUUGGGAAAUUCUGGAACAAGAGGGAGACAGACUAAAAUUGCAGAGCUUUGAAAACUUGAAAAAUAAAGUGCGAGAUUGGCUCCAUUAUUAUCAAAUAAUGGAGGCAUAUAAUUUGGACAAUGCCUUAAGUGGGCUUUUAUAUUGAAUGACUUAUACACUUCAUUUCAUUCUGGUACUCCAAAAGAAAGAAAAAACACAUGUAAAUGUCUGGUCUCAUAAUUUUUUAAUUCUAUGUUUCUGUCUUUGGCACCUGGCUCUGGUUAGUAGAUCUUGGGGUUCUGGUAAAGAACCACGUAACCUCACAAGUCAUGAAGCCUGUCCACCUUUAAAACUGCAGAUCAUGCUUAGCCAAGCCUAGAUUUUAUCCAGCUUUCAUUCAUAUGCCAGAUAGAUUUUACUUCAGAGCAAAAAUAUCUACUCUAAGCGUGUUGUUAAAUCCACCUGCUUUAUCUUUGUUGCCUUAUCAGUUAUAAACUGUGCUUUAAAAAAUAAUUGAUCCUACCUUGGCUUUUAAUCAAUUAAAUUUCCAUAUUACCAAAAUUUGGGGGUAUGUAUUGGUGGUGGGGAUUUUGGCAGAAAGACACUGUUCCUCUUCAAUAUGAGACAGCAAAUAACAGAUAAAACCUAUCACUCAUUUUUAAAGUGGCGAAAAACAUCUUUAUUUGUAUCAUUUUGAGAGUUGGGAUUAUAGGAUAUUAUGGGCAAUCACACCAGACUAAAAAUGGCUUCAAGAUUUGAACAAUUUCAUACCCCACCAGCAUUUAAGAUAAUACAGAAUUAAAAGACUUACUUGCAUUGAAUCCAACCGUAAGUUUCAGUUUCCUGUGGUUUUUAAUGCUAGAAGGAAAUCUGUGGUGUAAGGCAAAAAAUACCUGCUAACCUUGGGAGAAAAUGUACCUUUUCCCAUCAAGCUUGACACAGAGAAGAGGAAGCACACAAAUCUGGGUACCCUGUAUAACUGAUUUUUUUUUUAAUUGAUAAAAUUAUCUUCUACAAAUCGUCAUGACUACAACUUUAAUUUCUGAUUAAUCAUAGAUUAAAUUGAUUGCUUGAAAUCCACUUCCCUAUAAAGCAUGUUUUUUCCAUCUGUUUUUAUAGCAAGGGUGAUUUCUUGUUCAAGUCACUGUUCUAGAAUUCUACUUCAAGUGUUUUGGAAACUUCAGAUCAGGACCACUUUGUGUUUAGCAGUUGAAUUCCAACCCGUGUUGUUUAAGUAAUUCUUCCACACUUCUUUUCAAUCCCUCUUGUAUUUUUAGGCAGCAGAGGUGGAUUUUCUCAUCUUAUACUACAUAGGUCCAUCUGUGUCAGCAGCAUCCCAUGCCAGGGUUCUUCAUGUCUCAGAAUUAUCUUAUGAGUUGUUAGCCACGGUUCCACUCUAAAAGCAUCCUGUUUGUUCAUAGUUUCUUGUAUAGUAAAUGUAUCAUCUGUGUUGGUGAAAGCAACUUGGUUAAAAGUGUGUGUUCUUGCAGCUUUCUGCCAGCGGUGGGGGUGGCAAUUCUGAGUUGUGUGCCUUUCAGACGGAAUCGGCCAUGUUCACGUUCCCCGUUAGCUGCAAAUGAUGUUGGUUUGGAAAAUAAUGCCAAAGCUAGAGGCUAGAACUGGUCAUGGUAACCCUCAAGUUAUUACAGCCCUUGAAAAAUCACAUGGGUCCCCAGAGCAUGGUGGCGAUUCCUGGUGGUGAUUAUUGGACUACUUUGAUGCUUUGAAUGUCUUGAGUUUAUUUGUUGUUGCAGGAGAAGGGUGGGUGUUGGGAGCAUGUGUGUUGUGUGUUUCUGAGAGUGAAGAAGUUGGCCACAUCACAUGCAUUGUGUUGGAAGGAGAGGGCUUGCUGGAGGUCCCGGUACUCUCUAUUGAUUUGCUGUGUUCUUUGUGCUCCAGGUGCUGCUGCUUCUAUAAGAGGAAAAGAAAGAAGUCUUCCCAACGCCAGAAAUGA